UGACGAAGCGUAGCGAAGUCAUUUUAACAAGGACACCGCGCGCAAAAGUGUAUAAGUUCUGUUAAUCGCACCGAGUUGUCUUUGCUUUUUGGGGACGUAAUAGUAGUUACUUUUCAUUUUAUUUUGUAACUUGUAUUUAAUUACGAGUUAAACAGGUAAAUACCUGUGUAUUGGCACUAUUUCAGGCUAAUUUUCACGGGAACCGCUAAACUAGCCUAAAGGCAGGUAAAAAUGUUUGAGGCACGACUGGUUCAGGGUGCGAUCCUGAAGAAGGUUCUGGAGGCACUCAAGGACCUCAUCACCGAAGCGUGCUGGGAUGUCAGCUCGUCCGGGAUCUCCCUGCAGAGCAUGGACUCGUCCCAUGUGUCCUUGGUGCAGCUCACCCUGCGCAGCGAUGGCUUCGACUCCUAUCGGUGUGACCGAAACCUCGCUAUGGGGGUCAACUUGGGCAGCAUGUCCAAGAUCCUGAAGUGUGCGGGCAAUGAUGAUAUCAUCACUCUGCGGGCGGAGGACAACGCUGAUACACUGGCACUCGUUUUUGAGACACCGAACCAGGAAAAGGUGUCUGACUAUGAGAUGAAGCUGAUGGACCUGGAUGUAGAGCAGCUUGGAAUUCCGGAGCAAGAGUACAGCUGUGUGGUAAAGAUGCCCUCCGGAGAGUUUGCCCGCAUCUGCAGGGACCUGUCUCAGAUUGGUGAUGCUGUCAUGAUCUCAUGUGCAAAGGAUGGGGUCAAGUUCUCUGCCUCUGGGGAGCUGGGCACUGGUAACGUCAAGCUUUCUCAGACCAGCAAUGUGGACAAAGAGGAAGAAGCGGUGACAAUUGAAAUGAAUGAGCCUGUGCAGCUCAUCUUUGCUCUCAACUACCUGAACUUCUUCACCAAGGCUACGCCCCUCUCUAAGACAGUCACACUCAGCAUGUCUGCUGAUAUCCCCUUGGUGGUGGAGUACAAGAUUGCAGACAUGGGUCACAUCAAGUAUUAUCUGGCUCCUAAGAUUGAUGAAGAAUCCUCUUAAUUGCUAGAUCGGAGGGGAGCAAGGCAGAGUGGAAGGAUCAUGGGGGACAUGUGCUAAAAAAAGUCUUGUAUUACUGCUUUAUUAAUUUUUACCUUUUGCAUCACUUAAGUGGUGUAAAGGCAUUUAUUUUGAAAAGUCUCAUUUGUUGCAGGAAUAUUAAGUUUUUGAAGGUGUUUUUUUUUUUUUUUUUUUUCCUUCCCCCCCUCUCCCCCUUUCUUUUGGAGAGUGACUUUCUCCAUUACUUCUCCUGGUCUGGUGUCAGUCAUCUGUAAAAGUGGUCAAUCUUCUUUGUAGAUAAUUCUGCUGUAAAUAUGUAUUAGUCCCAUUUUAUUUUUCUUCAGUUUGUAAUCUUUUAUCCCAAGUGACUGAUUAUUAAACAUUUUGUAUCUUGUGUGGAAGUUAAUUUUUAGGUCCAUAGACAAAAUUGUCAUAUUGUGUGGAUUUUUUUUGGCUCCUACAGUUCAGAAUUUUUUCUAAACAUGUUGGUGUGCAAAUCCUUCACCUCAGGUUUCAUCAAGGUCCUCGUUGGCU